UCAUUUAAUCGUUCCCACACCAAAUGACAAUUAACGCAGUGGUUUUAUUUGAUUAAAAAUGGCUUUGAUUGUUUUAUCUGAAUUGAUACCCCUUGUUUGUUUAAUUUUAACUUCAAUACAUUCAACAGUAGCAAAACCAGACGGGUGUGGAAUUAGGGCAAAUACUCAAACGAGAAUCGUUGGUGGUGAAAUAUCGUACCCAGGAAAGUGGCCCUGGAUGGCUGCUUUUUAUCGCUCCAAUGCAAAUCAAUACUGUGCUGGAGCCCUGAUCUCUGACCGCCAUGUCUUGACUGCUGCACACUGUGUCAGUGGGGUUCACCCGAGCAAGUUACAAAUCCGACUGGGAGAAUUUGACUUGGCAGGAAGGUUGCCUGCGACUCAGAUCCCAGACAACAGUAACAACAACUCUGCCCGAGCAUUAUUGGAGGAGAACAGCACAGUCAACAACAUAUUCAACGUGGAGAAGAUAACUGUGCACCAGCAGUACGAGCCACGAUCUCACCUGCACGACAUCGCCAUCGUUCGAUUGAAUCGACCGGUUGAAUUCUCCCCCGUCAUCCAGCGGAUCUGCCUGCCCCCUCCGUCCCUGCCGUCACUGGAAGAUCGAACAGCUUUCGUCGCAGGCUGGGGCACGACUGCAUUUCUAGGCAGUUCUAGUCCGUCUCUCCGCGAAGUGGAAGUGCCCAUAUGGAACAAUCAGGCGUGUCUGGAAGCCAUCGGGAAGAAUGUCUUUGAUACGACGCUGUGCGCUGGUGGACGAAUCAAAUCGGCUGACGCUUGCCAGGGCGAUAGUGGUGGACCGCUGAUGAUGUCCAUGGUGGACGAUCGGUGGGCGGCCAUUGGUGUCGUUAGUUGGGGUAUCAGAUGCGGAGAACCCACCAAACCCGGCCUGUACACUCGAACUAGUCAUUACACGGACUGGAUCCUAUCCACCGUCCAGCGAACCUGAUUCAUUCCAUUGCUGCCAAGGAAAUGCACGAGAAUAACACCAAACUAUCCAAUGUCGGAAUCUACACUGACGACAAUGAACAUAAAUUCAUUAAACUACGACGCCUUAGUUAAUAUACCCCCCGGCUCCCACUGUUAAUUAAAAACAAAUCAUUUGCAAACAAAACAAAAAAUAUCUUUCA